AUGGGUAUUUGGAAUUCAUCACCAGAAAUCCCUGCUGGAUCGGCAAAUCCAGACCAAGUUUUUGAAGUGUAUAAAGGAAAGUGGUAUCAAACAGGUGUUAAAUAUUGGGAAAGUCAAGAUUCAAAUAACAAUGGAAUGCUCGGAGGGCUUCCCCAGGUCAGUUCAACAGAUGCAAUUCAAUCAGAACAGUUUGUAUCGAAAUAUCAGCUUAAUCAUGGAAUGGGAUGCCAAAAAUGUGCUGAUAUAGGAGCAGGCAUUGGAAGAGUGUCUGAAUUAAUACUAUCAAAGUAUUUUAAAGAAAUAGAUUUAGUAGAACCUGUUCAAAAAUUUGUAGAUGUAGCUAAAGAAAAGCUUAAAAAUAAAGUUAUUCUUAAAACAUAUACUUGUGGUGCACAAGAUUGGAAGAUUGAUGGAGUAUUUGAUUGUUUUUGGGCCCAAUGGACAAUUAUGUUUCUUACUGAUGAGGAUGCAAUUAAAUUUUUGAAAAAUUGUAAAGAGCACUUAAACACAAAUGGGUUCAUAUUUGUAAAAGAUAAUGUUGCUAACCCAAAUAAGCAAGCUCAGAAAGAUGAAGCUAAUUGGAAUCCAGAAGAUUGUUCGAUUGCUAGAACUUACAUGCACUACAAAGAACUAUUCCAGAAAUCCGGUCUUACUGUUCAAGAAGAAUAUAUUGAUGAAUUACCUGAUGAAGAUGAAAUUGGUUUUGAUCCUCAAGAAUUGAUGCCAAUUUAUACUUUUGUUCUUCACUAA